AUGCAUAAAAAUGGCUUUGUUGGAAAAACAUAUCGAUUUAUAACAAAUAUUUUCCCAAAUUUCAUCCGAAAAGUCUUUUGCAGAUGUCUCCCUCAAAAUGAAGAAAAUGUUAGAGAUGGUUGCAUUGGUCCUGGCAGCCCAUUCAAGUAUUCAAUUGCAGUUUUCUUCUACAUCAUUUACAUAUUCUUCAUUAUUGUAUAUUUAGGAAGUGUUUAUCCUCAUAUUAGCGAUAUUUACAGCUAUCCUCAAUUUCACAGAUUUUUCUCAAUAUGGGUUCUUCCAUGGACAUGUGUUUGCUUUUUAAUCUUUCAAAUAGCAGACCCUGGUGUUAUUAAUGCCAAAAAUGUUAAUGGAUAUCUUAAAAUGUACCCAUUCGAUGACGUAAUGUAUCGACCAAAUAUUUGCCCUACACAACACAUUCCGAUAGUAUCAAGAUCGCGUUAUGAUCGCUGGACUAAAAGAAGAAUUGCUGUUUAUGAUCACUACUGCCCAUGGGUUUGUGCGCCGAUUGGGGAAAGAACUCGAAGAGUGUUUCUUGCCUUCUUAUUCUUUACAGUUCAAGCAUCAGUUUACUACACAUUAGGCUACUUUUUAACUCUUAGAUACUUAAUUACCACUAUGAAUGGCUGGCCAGAGCCAAAUGUUACCUUAUUUGAUAAAGUCACAAAUUGCAUAACGGUUUGUGUGUCACUAUGGCCUUAUCUUUCAUGUGCAUUCUUCGCUUUGUUUGUUAUUGGACUUUCAUUAUUUAUUUUCAUGUGCAUACAGGUUUUAACUAUUUCCCGUAACGAAACUCAAAUUGAAACAGCGAAACUUAAAUAUCUACGUAAAAAGAAACUCAUUCAAAAGAAUCCUUAUAAUAUCGGUUUCAUAAAGAACUGGAAACAAGUUCUUUUCCCACCAAAAAUACCUCUAUGUGACCCAUAUGUUCCUGAUAUUGAUGAAAAUGAAAUCCUUUAUAUUACAGGUCUUUUGCUUCUCCCAGAUGAAAAGAAUCCCGAUAUUAUGACCGUUCAAAAGUCAACUUGGUCACUGAAGCCUAAGGAAAGCGAAAAGAAGGAUGAUGAUCAAAAACAAAAGAAAGAAUAG